AUGGCCGAAGGCGGGGCAGGCAAAGGUGAAGAGCCGGAGAAACUGCCUGAGCUGGCGGAGGACGAGUCCCAGGUCCUGCGUGGAACUGGCCACUGUAAAUGGUUCAACGUGCGCAUGGGAUUCGGCUUCAUCUCCAUGAUAAGUCGGGAGGGAAACCCCUUGGAUAUUCCAGUCGAUGUAUUUGUACACCAAAGCAAACUAUUCAUGGAAGGAUUUAGAAGCUUGAAAGAAGGAGAGCCAGUGGAAUUUACAUUUAAAAAAUCCCCCAAAGGCCUUGAGUCAAUACGGGUAACAGGCCCAGGUGGGAGCCCCUGCUUAGGAAGUGAACGAAGACCUAAAGGGAAGACACUGCAGAAGAGAAAACCAAAGGCAGAUAGGUGGAGACGGCAGGAUUUACUGAUGGAUCAGAUGUGGACUGUGAGAGAAGAGGAGUCCAGGAUGAUUCCAAGAUGCUACAACUGCGGUGGUCUCGACCAUCAUGCUAAAGAAUGCGGUCUACCUCCUCAGCCAAAGAAGUGCCAUUACUGCCAGAGCAUCAUGCACAUGGUGGCCAACUGCCCGCACAAGCUUGUCGCGCAGCUGCCCGCCUCGGCUCAGGGAAGGCCAGAGGCGGAGUGCCAGCCAUGCACUUCCCCCAGAGACGUGGGAGGGGGGCACGGCUGCACAGCGCCGUUUCCUCAGGAGGUGAAGUCAGAAAUGGCGGAGCAGUCAGACAGAUCACCCCAAGAAGUUUCUGCCACAAAAGCAUUUGCAGCAAUAGGAGAGCAAAACAAAAAGGGGCCUUUGAUUCAGAAACGGAAAAAGACUUAGUAUUGUCAGUGUUCUCUUCACCCGGCUGGGGAGUCUACCUCAUGCAAGCACAGGGGAAUAGUGUUCCACAGAGAGCAGCCGACCGGGGGUUUUAACUACUGCUGAGGAACUCUGAUGUUCUUAAUUAGACAAAUCACUCUUAAGCAAAUCUCAUUUAAGCAGGGUGUCAUGUUUUGUAGAAUUGAGAUGCUACAUAUAGUAUGUGCAUGAGUGAGCGGGGAAACCCGAAUCUGUGUGUGUGUGUGUGUGUGUGUGUGUGUGUGUGUGUGUAGAAGCACGUACUCUUUCUCAGAUAGUUGGGCAUCUCCAAGCAUUGAAAAUCCAUGUGAAACAUUUGAGAUGGCUUCAGAGUUAAUCCUUGGAAUUUUUCCUAAAUACUACUUCUUUUAUAUUAUGUAAACAAACAAACAAACCACGUGACUGUUACCUUUCAUGUGAACCAAAGCUUACUUCAGAUCUCAGAGCUGCCAGUUAGAUGGCACUCACGGCUUUUGGGAUACUUGAUGCCUCCCAAGUGAGUAUUCACA